AUGUCGUCAAUCAUCGCUUCCGUCAAGGAUCUCAUCGUCUCUAUCUUUGAGGUGAUAUUCUCUACGUUCAAGAGCGUAUUUGAUGGAGUAUAUGGAAUAAUCCAUGCCUUCUUCGACUUCUUCAUCGAUAUUAUCAAGAUGGCCCUCAAUACUGUGAAGGGUACGCUGGAAGCAGCGGGUGGAGUCGGCAAGUUUGUCGCGAGCAAUCUACUCGUUUUCGUGGUUAUCGGUAUCGGAGCUUAUGGCUAUCUGAAUUAUCAGCGGCGCCAAGGGCGUGAUGUUAAGGUUGGAAGCAAGAAGUUGAACUAG